AUGCACACGAUUAACAAAUUAGAACAAAAUCAUUUUUCAAAAUAUUUCUUAUUAAAAGAAGUUACUCUACCAACAUCAAUUACAUCAUUAGGAAAUAGCUGUUUCAGUGAAUGUAUUUCAUUAAAUAAUAUUGAAUUACCAUCUUCAUUAAUUGAAAUAGGAACAUAUUGUUUUGAAUAUUGUUCAUCACUAACAUCAAUUACUUUACCUUCAUUUAUUAGUAAAAUAGGAAAAUGGUGUUUUUUUAAAUGUUCUUCAUUAAAGUCAAUUAAUAUACCAACAACAAUUAAAGAAAUAGAUGAUUGGUAUUUUGGAGCAUGUUCAUCACUAACAUCAGUCAAUAUCCCUUCUUCGGUUAGUAAAUUAGGAAAUUAUUGUUUUUAUGAAUGUAAAUCAUUAACAUCAAUUAGUAUACCAUCAACUAUCAAAGAAUUAUGGAAUAAUUGUUUUAAUAUAUGUUCAUCAUUAACAUCAAUUAAUAUUCCAUCAUCAAUUAGUAAAAUAGGAAUUGAGUGUUUAUUUGAAUGUACAUCAUUAAUUGAAAUUAAUAUAGAUAAUAUACAAUUCAUUGAUGAUGAAAAAAUAUAUAUUAAUGAACCAAUAUUAGUUAGUAUUGAAAUACCAGAAAAUUUAAAACUAAUCAAUAAAAGAAAUGCUACAAAACAAAAUAUUGAUGAAUUUAUUUUUUCAUCAUCAAUUAAUGAAUUAGGAGAUAAUUGUUUUUAUAACCACCAAACAUUAACAUCAAUUAAUAUACCAACAUCAAUUAAUAAAUUAGGAUGUAACUGUUUUUAUGGUUGUAGUUCAUUAACAUCAAUCACUAUACCAACAAGUGUAAUUGAAAUAGGACAGUAUUGUUUUUAUAAAUGCAAAGCAUUAACAACAAUUAAUAUACCAAUAAGUGUUAGUAAAAUAAGAGAUAGUUGUUUUGAGUGUUGUUCAUCAUUAACAUCAAUUAAUAUACCAACAUCAAUUAGUGAAAUGGGAAAUUAUUGUUUUAGUUUUUGUUCAUCAUUAACAUCAAUUACUAUACCAACAAGUGUUAUUGAAUUACCUGAUGGUUGUUUCAAUGAUUGUACUUCUUUACUUUCAAUCACUUUACAAUCUUCUGUUAGUGCAUUAGGAAAUUAUUGCUUUAACAAAUGUAAAUCAUUAAAAUCAAUUAAUAUACAAACAUCAGUUAGUAGAAUAGGAGUUUCAUGUUUUAAUGAAUGUCAAUCAUUGAAUAAUAUCAAAAUACCAACAUCAAUAACAUUAUUUGGGAAAUCAUGUUUCUUUAAUUGUGGUUGCGAAGAAGAGUUAAAACGUAACACAAGUAUUCCAAGAGAGUGUUUUGAGAAAUAA